AUGAGACAGUCGUGUCAUCGUUUGCUGGAACAUCAACACCCGGGAGGGGAGGAACCCCCUCUGUACUCACCCAUAGACCAAAUUUCAGUGGUACCAGACCAUGUGGGCCGGGAGGCCGGAGGCAAGCUGACACGAUAUGCGACGACGGAGGAAGACGAGACCACACUCAGGGAGCUACUACUUAGCCUACAGAGACAGGUGAGCAUAAUGAGCAUGAAUCUAUCCGCCAAACUGGAUGACCUGCAACGAGGGGACCGUCAGUUGGAGACGACGGUGGCGCUCUGCGAGAUCCGCACGCAGCUCCAGGAGUUGACCAAGAGCGUCGAGUCAUGCCAGAGUGAGGUCUCCGAGGUCAAACGUGACAUGGUCGCCAUCAAGCAAGAGUUGGACACGGUGCAGCAAGUGAAGGAGGAAAUCGAAGAGUUGCGUGAAUACGUCGACCGACUCGAGGAACACUCGCAGCGAAGGAAACUCAGACUGCUUGAACAGGGCCUUACCUUCUUCCUGUCGUAUGCAAUCCUCGCUGCGGUGCUGGGUAUGCUGCAGUUUGGGUACAACACUGGUGUCAUCAACGCUCCUGGCAAGAACAUCGCAAACUUCAUGAAGGAUGUAUACAAGAACCGGUAUGGCAUGGACCUCCAAGACGACACGGUGAACAGGCUUUACUCUAUAGCAGUCAGUAUCUUUGCUAUCGGUGGUAUGCUGGGCGGAUUCUCGGGUGGCAUGAUCGCGAACAGAUUUGGAAGGAAAGGGGGCUUACUACUAAACAACAUUCUCGGGAUCAGCGGCGCGAGUCUGAUGGGGUUCACGAAAAUAUCACACUGCUACGAACUCCUCAUAUUCGGCAGGUUCAUCAUAGGAGUCAAUUGUGGGUUAAACACAUCAUUAGUGCCAAUGUACAUAUCGGAGAUAGCUCCUCUAAACUUGCGUGGUGGUUUGGGCACGGUCAACCAGCUGGCCGUCACCGUGGGACUGCUUCUCUCACAAGUCCUGGGCAUCGAACAGAUCCUCGGUACCGACGAAGGAUGGCCUAUCUUACUUGGUUUGGCGAUCUGCCCAGCGAUACUGCAACUAUUGUUACUGCCAGCGUGUCCGGAGUCACCGCGAUAUCUACUAAUCACCCGCCAGUGGGAGGAGGAGGCUCGACGAGCUCUAAGACGACUACGGGCCAGUAAUCAGGUUGAAGAAGAUAUUGAAGAAAUGCGUGCAGAAGAACGAGCGCAGCAAGCAGAAGCAUCUAUUUCAAUGAGGGAACUUCUAUGUUCUCCAACGUUACGCGCUCCAUUACUCAUUGGCGUCGUCAUGCAGUUAUCCCAACAACUCAGUGGCAUCAACGCAGUGUUCUACUACUCCACCUCGCUGUUCACUUCUUCGGGCCUGACGGAUGAAUCUGCAAAAUUCGCAACAAUGGGUAUCGGAGCCAUCAUGGUCGGCAUGACCUUAGUUUCUCUACCACUCAUGGACCGCACUGGUAGACGGACGCUGCAUCUCUACGGCCUCGGGGGAAUGUUCAUCUUCUCUAUUUUCAUCACCAUUUCAUUUCUAAUAAAGGAAAUGAUCGAUUGGAUGAGCUACUUGUCCGUGGUGUCGACGCUGAGUUUCGUGGUGUUCUUCGCCGUGGGACCCGGCUCCAUUCCCUGGCUCAUCACUGCCGAGCUGUUCUCGCAGGGCCCUCGCCCUAGCGCGAUGGCUAUCGCCGUAUUAGUUAAUUGGAUGGCCAAUUUCGUUGUCGGAAUCGGCUUUCCUAGCAUGAAGGCACUACUGGAAAACUAUACAUUCCUGCCUUUUAGUGUAUUCCUUGCAAUUUUUUGGAUAUUUACGUAUAAAAAAGUUCCUGAAACAAAAAAUAAGACCUUCGAAGAGAUUUUGGCACUGUUCCGGAAUUCCAACGGGAGUAUCGGAGCAGUCUUCGGGUGCGGGGGAGGCGGGCCGGCCGCCGCCGCCGCUGCCUCCGCCGAGGUUCCCCGCCACAGGCAAUGUCUGACAAUGGGAGACCGCUGCGAGGGCGCCGCUAGUCGCCCCAAUCAAGGCCGCCGCCAGCUUCUUGUUUCAUGGGCUAAGACGUCAGGCCGGCGGCCGUGCCACCAUUACUACCACACAACAAAUGUUCUAAAUCGAUGUGAUUAG